CUCGCAGCCAAUGACGGGCGGCUGUAUCGCUCCUUCUGUAGUUGCAGCCUGAGGAGAACAGGGAGAGCUCGCAGUGUGCUGCCGGUGUCGGGUCCGGGGCUCAUGGACUAAACUCCGGCAAUAUGACCCAACAACCCAACGGAACUGUCCGCAAUGGCACCCAGGAGCCCGGCCAGAACAAGGGAAAGAAAGAGGUCAAAAUCGUUAUAGUGGGAGAUGGAGGCUGCGGGAAAACUUCUCUGCUCAUGGUCUAUGCCAAGGGCUCCUUCCCUGAGCAAUAUGCCCCAUCUGUCUUUGAAAAAUAUACCACAAGCAUCACGAUUGGAAGCAAAGAAAUCUGUCUGCACUUGUAUGAUACAGCAGGACAGGAAGAUUAUGACAGACUACGUCCUCUUUCUUAUCAAGAUGCAAAUUUGGUUUUAAUCUGUUUUGAUGUUACAAAUCCUACAAGUUUUGACAAUGUUUUAAUAAAGUGGUAUCCUGAAGUGAAUCACUUCUGUCGAGGAGUGCCCAUUGUGCUGAUUGGAUGUAAAACAGAUCUACGUAUGGAUAAAGAGCGGUUGCGCAAGCUAAAAACUUCACAACAGGAACCAGUCACAUAUUUCCAGGGUGAAGCCACAUGUAAAAGUAUACAAGCUGAGGAGUACCUGGAAUGUUCCGCAAAGUUUCAGGAGAAUGUAGAUAAUGUUUUCAGAGAAGCCACCUUGAUCGCACUCAAUGGCAUGAAAAAGGAACAGAGGAUGAGGAGGAAAAAGAAGAGUUGCCUUCUUCUCUAAGCCUUUUUGUUCUGUGGUGUACUUUAUCCAAUGAUUUACUGUCUGCCACAUCAUGACGCUUGUUUGGACUACACUUUAUAAUGGACCCAGACUGUUAUUGUAAAUAGAUUCCAUUUUAUUUGUACUAUGGCUGAUUUCAAAGCAUGUUAUUACUCCUUACUCACCUUUAAAGUUGGUGCAACUUUCUACCAACAAACUGAAAGCAAAGCCAUAGUGUUCUUAUAAUCUGCAAACUGAUGGACAAGAAGAAGAAAUGGGGCCGUUCUCCAGCACCACUGCCAUCAUGCAUCACUUUUUUUGACAGAAAACUUUGUGUUAUAAGCCGGAAAUGAACAGUUACCAUGUGUACUACAGCUGCCAAAAAGUACAUAUGAAUAAAUGGUUUUAAAAUGUUAGUGGUACUAGAGAGAGGAAGUUGGAAAUUAGUGAACUUUUUCUUCAGAAGAUGUUGCAUCAAUGGGGGACAUUCUAAUACAUGUGCAUAAUUGUUGAGAAUUUUUUCCUUCUCUAAAUACUGCCCUGUUAUAUGGUACAUUGUUUAAAGCCAGAACACAGGGGCGAGUUACCCGUGCUGAGGAAGAAUGGUGCAGUUGCCCAUAGCAACCAAUCAGAAUGCGCAUUAAUUUUUAUUUUUUUGAGGACUAAACAAGAAAAGUGGUUUGGUUGCCAUGUGCAACUCCAGUAAACCAUACCGAUCCAAAUAUCUGUGGAGAAACCUUUAUGAGGAGGAACAGUUUUGCUAAUGAAUGUAGGGGCAGAAAUAUCUAUAUUUCUAAGGAUUAAUCUACAUCAUUAAUCUACAAAAUAUCAUCUAUGUGGUUUUACUGAGGGAGAGAACCCAUUUAUGUGAUGCUAACAGUUGUGUGAACGUACAGUAAUUUGGCUCAUGGCGAUCCUCGCAGCUCGGCUGUUGAUUACUUUAGUCUGCAUAAAUUAGUUCAGCUUUCCAAGGGCUCCAGUUGCCUGGAAAAGGUGGAUACAGACCUAGGAGACCUAAGACUGUCAUCCCGGACUUUUCCAGGCAACCUUAGCCCUUGAAAAGCUGAACUAAUUUAUGCAGACUAAAGUCUGAGCUGCGAGGUUCGCUACGAGCCAAUUUACUGUAAGUUUGCCCAACUCUAACAGACUUUAGCAGUUUUACUUGACAGGCAUCAUCUACUGCACAGUUUUGCAGUAGAUUACAGAAGUAAACGAAGGACCACAGGAUCAAGCCCCAUAGAAAGGCUGUGUUCCCAGAAACGGUUUGUAUUUUUUUAACUCCUUUUGGUAUUUUUUUUUUUAGCUGUUUGUGGUUCAAAAAACAACCCUAAUACUGCAGGAAAUGCCAAGUGAUAAGUAAAAAAAAACAGACUAUAAAACACUUUAUCCUGCAUUCUGAAUGCUUGUGUACCCACCUUCUCCGCUCCCCUUAUGCAAUUUCAAAAGUGCCCAAUCCAUCUGUUCAGAACUGUUUUCGUGUUACCAGAAACUGUUGCACACCAGGCUCCCAACUGCACCCAUUGAAUGUUCUAGAGGCUACUUCUGAGUUAAGUCCCAAACCAUAAAGUGAUGCACAGCAGGUGCCAGUUUAAGAAAUCAUUUUCUUUUAUAUAUACUUAUAUACACACACCCACACACACAGUGGGGAGAACAAGUGUUUGAUACACUGCUGAUUUUGCAGGUUUUCCUACAUACAAAGCAUGUAGAGGUCUAUAAUUGUUAUCAUAGGUCCUCAAUGUGAGAGAUGGAAUUUAAAACAAAAAUCCCCCCAAAACAUCACAUUAUAUGAUUUUUUUUUUCAAAGUUAAUUUGCAUUUUAUUGCAUGACAAGUAUUUGAUAUAUCAAAAAAGCAUAACUGAAAGGGGUACUCUGGGGAACUAAAGCCCAUCCUUACCCUCUCAACAACCUAUUUGUCUAAAUGCCAUUCAUUAGCUAUAUAGAAUAGUUUCGCUCUUUCCGCUGUCACCUACAUGCAGGGAGUGAAUGAAAGACAUCAUUAUCAGAUCUACCUUGUCUUUGUGCAAAGCCCUCUCUAAGAGUAGCCCCCCACCCUCCUCUAAGACAAACACCACGUCAUUUCUGACUUGUCUAGGAGUCUAGCUUCACAGCCACACCUCCCCUCCCUGUGCGAGGAUCUUGCUGGGAGAGAAACAGCCCAGUGUCUCCCAAGCAAAUAACGCUGCUCUUUGCCUGCUGUAGAUUUAAUCACUAACUGCUGCCAUUCACAGCAUAGCAUGAUUUAUUGCUUGGUGCGUGUUGCUGACUGUUUACAACAACAAAGCAUGCACACAGAUAUCAAAAGAAAUUGGCUGGUAGCCAUUACAGAGCCGAACUGACUGCUCGAGUUGUAGUCUGGGCUGCAAGCAAGAAAAAAAAAGAAUAUUCAGGAGACGAGGGCCACAGGAGCUGGAAAAAUCACAAGGAUAACUACAGGGGAUUUUUCCGUUUUUGCACUUUCGUUUUUUGCUCCUUGCCUUUAAAAAAUCAUAAAUCUUUUAAUUUUGCACCUAAAAAUCCAUAUGAUUGCUUAUUUUUUGCGCCACCAAUUCUACUUUGUAAUGACAUCAGUCAUUUUGCCCAAAAAUCUACGGUGAAACGGAAAAAAUAAUAAUUGUGAGACAAAAUUGAAAAAAAAACAAAAAAACGCAGUUUUGUAACUUUUGGGGGCUUCCGUUUCUACGUAGUACAUUUUUCAGUAAAAAUGACACCUUAUUAUUCUGUAGGUCCAUACAAUUAAAAUGAUACCCUACUUAUAUAGGUUUGAUUUUGUUUUACUUCUGGAAAAAAUAACUACAUGCAGGAAAAUUUAUACGUUUAAAAAUGUCAUCUUCUGACCCCUAUAACUUUUUUAUUUUUCCACGUACAGGGCGGUAUGAGGGCUCAUUUUUUGCGCCGUGAUCUGAAGUUUUUAUCAGUACGACAUUUGUUUUGAUCGGACUUUUUGAUCACUUUGAAUUCAUUUUUUAAUGGUAUAAAUAGUGACCAAAAUACGCUUUUUUGGACUUUGGAAUUUUUUUGUGCGUACGCCAUUGACCGUGCGGCUUAAUUAAUGAUAUAUUUUUAUAGUUCGGACAUUUACGUACGCGGCGAUACCACAUAUGUUUAUUUUUAUUUACACUGUUUUAUUUUUUUUAUGGGAAAAGGGGGGUGAUUCAAACUUUUAUUAGGGAAGGGGU